AUGCUACCUCUUCUGUUCGUCCUCUUGGGCGCAUGCGCUCCGAGUGCUGCAAGCGAAACCUCCUUCAGCGUGACGGACGAUCUCUUCGCAUACCCUCAAUAUCAGAUCGAGCACUCAGAUGACUACAUCUUGUUUGAGGAUGCUCUCGAUCUCCUGGACUCAAUAAAGGUUGCGAGCUUGGCCCAUAGUGGGAGCGAUGUCAGAGUCGUGCGAGAGGAUGAGGCCUUCGACGACGAUGUGGCCGAGUACGCCAUGCUAACCUUGCACAACUCGCCCUAUCUGUGUUCUAUACCACGAGUCAGCCGAGCGGUAGCGAACGAGACACAACCGACAGCGUCGGAGGAGGACAAGCAGAAAGAACUGGCAAGAGCAGCGGACAAAGGCAGAGAACUACUGUCUGGCAUGCAAAGUAAUCAGUGUCUGUUCUACUCAACAGGAUGGUGGACAUACUCGUUCUGCUACAAUCAAGAGGUCCGGCAAUUCCAUGCGCUUUCCAUGGGUCAGAUGGGAGGUAGAACCUGGCCACCACAGCAAGAUCCUACCACACCAGCAUUUGUUCUGGGAAAGGUGGAUGCUGAGACUAAGGACCCUGCAACUCCAAAGCAAGACUCACAGACUGCUGUAUCGACGGAGCUGCAGACCAAGGCCGAGACCAGCUAUCUGGUCCAGAAGCUGGCGGGCGGUACAAACUGUGAUUUGACAGGCAAGGACAGGAAGGUAGAGAUCGAAUUUCACUGCAAUCCACAACUCACAGAUCGAAUCGGAUGGAUCAAGGAAGUCUCGACUUGCUCCUACCUCAUGGUCGUGUACACGCCCAGGCUGUGCAGCGAUGUUGCAUUUAUGCCACCCAAGGACUCAAAUGCCUAUCCCAUCAGAUGUUCAAGGAUUCUCCACGAGUCGGAAGUGUCAGAGUGGGAAGCGGAACGAGAAGCAGAAGAGGCCGCAGCAACACAACUCGUCCAGCAAGACGCCGAAACUCCUCUCUUCCUUGGAAAUGUCCAUGUUGGUGGCAUGAAGUACUUCAAAGACGGAAAGAAGCUCGAGCCAGGAAGGAUAGUUCUGACUCCGGAUGAGCGAGCAGAGACCAUUAUGAUGCAGAAGGAUGGGAAGGUGUCAAGCAUUUCCAACGCUGAGCUCAAGAAGCUGGAGCUGGAGCCGGGUGACAUCGAGAAGUUCAGGAAACAGCUCGAGAAAUUGGCUGGUGCUAAAGACUGGAAGAUAGAGCGAACCGAUGACAUUAACGGUCAGGUCCAGCUUCGAGGCGUUGUGUCGGAAGACGAGAAGAAGAGCAGUCGAGAAGAGGAUACUGAUGAUCCCGCCACGGAUAUAGGGAGCGACGGUGAACUCGAGGGCAGCGAGGAGGUCUUCAAAGAAGACUUGUAG